CCUGCUGCAUAAGGAAAGUUGGACGCGCUGCCACGCAGGGCUGGUUCUCCUGCCUCUCUCCUUCUCCCUCCCUCCUCCGCCUCCUCCUGCUCCUCCUCCUCUUCCCCGCGAGUUGAGCGCACUGUACAGCUAGUCGGUGCAGGCGGCGCAGCCCCGCCGGCCGAUCGCCCUUUCCCGGUGCCGGUCCCGCUCCCCCGCCACCCCCUGUCAUCGCCGCCCCCGCAGCCAGGAUGCCGGCGGGCGGCGCGGCCGGGCUAUGAGCCACCGUCGGCCCGGAGCUACAACGCCUCUCCGGCAGCCCACAGUAGGAAGACCGCUGUGCGGGUCACCUUGCAGGGAGGAAAAUGGGAGCCACUGCCCCAGUGUGAACUGUCUCUAAGGUACAACAAAAAAAAGGCCACCUGUCCCACUGCCUCAGACACUUCCUAGUAUGGAUGGCUUGGUUGAGCAGAACAGCGUGCUAAUGCACAAUAAGAUCACUGAAGCUGGGAAAAGGAAUGGUUUAAUUAAUACAAGGAACUUAAUGGCAGAGAGUGGAGAUGGUCUGGUCUCUGUGUACUCGACUCCACAGUACCAGAGUCACCGAGUGGGCAGCCUAUCCUCUCCAAGUUGCCUGGAGAAUGGCAGGAAUGACCCUGUGCAUCAGCUCCUGGACCCCAACAUGCUGCAGCAGACAGUGGAGUCUCACUACCGGCCCAACAUCAUCCUUUACUCUGGGAAUGUGCUGCGCUCGUGGGGUGAGAGCAUUAGCUCGGAGUGCUGUGAAACUACCUUCAUCGAGGACCGCUCUCCCACCAAAGACAGCCUGGAGUACCCAGACAGCAAGUUCAUCGAUCUGUCAGCAGAUGACAUCAAGAUUCACACCCUCUCCUAUGAUGUUGAGGAAGAAGAGGAUUUCCAGGAGCUAGAG